UUGUCGUAUUCUGUGUGCGCUUUGGUCAACAUCUGGAUGAUGUCCACCUCCUUCCCUUCUUCGCCUUGAAGCAUGCCCAUGCUGCCUCCUCCUUUUCCACCUCCUGAUGAUGACGCGUCUCUUUCUAAGGACAACCAACCGCCCUGAGACUGAGCCGCCGCCUGCUCAUGCUGGGUCAGACUGCACAAACACACAAAUAAUUGACAAUGUGAGAUUAGUUUGAAAAGAGAUGUGCGAGCCCAGUUUACACAAGCGCUUACGUUGUCAUCCUCUGGGCGAUGCGCUGGCAGUCCGCCUUGUCGUAGAACCAAAUGCCGUGGAUGACCACUGGGGAGAGAAAGGAAAGGAGUUUUUAUAACUUUUUAGAAAAAAAAAAACAACUUAAUAUUUGCCAGAGAAAGAAAGUGGUCGCAUAAGGUCAGCAGACGACAGGAUGAGACGUGUGUUUCUUUGUCAAAGUUUUGUCCUAAUAAGAGGUGCAUGUUUGCACAACAAAGUCGGCCACCAAGGAGCCUGGGAAAGAGUCUGCCCAGCACCAAAUAAGUCAGUGGCUGCUGGACACACAAGCACUUAGUGCUCACUGGGGAUGGAACCCAAGCAGAGGGAAGAAAAAGGAUGGUGUGUGUUGGUUCACUGCACGGAGAGGAGAGGGAGUGUGUGUGAGUGAGGAGGUGGAAGGAGCUUCGAGUCACCAAAGAGACGAGAGAGUGGGACAUCUUCAUGCUGUAUGGCGCAGAGAGACCACUUCUUUUCUCACGCUGUCAAACUUUUUUGUGCUUUACUUUGAGUGGAGAUGAAGUUUGCAGGUGCAAAGUGGCGCUAAGGAGAAUGCGGGCGCUUGUCUGCUGAUGUCCAGGAAGACCUCCACGCUCUUACUGAGUUGACUUUAACCAAGCAAGUGGGAGCCAUGCUGAGAGGCCUCUUUACCAGGAAACCCAAACACCAGCGGCUGCAGGAGGAACCCGAAGUUCGCUUUAAAGGCCACCUGGUGUCUGAGACCAACCUGGGCUACACGUACGUGCGACCCGGAGGCUCCGACUACUCUCCUCCGCCCCCACUCCCUCGCCUGCCGCCCACAGCCCAGGCCAAUGAGCACGGCGGGGACCACGAUGGAGGUGGGGUCAACCGCGGCGUGGUGGGUCUGGCCCCCGAGCAUAUCGCCACGCCGGGUGCCGCCCUGAGCUGGCAGGCCGCCAUUGACGCGGCGCGCCAGGCCAAGAUGAUGGGCAACGCGGCCUCGACCGGAGGGGCGGGGCUGGUGUCGGGAGGAGGCGGGCCCAUCUCCACGGCCAGCUCCACGCAAAGGAAGAGGCAGCACUACAGCUCCAAGCCCAAGAAACAGACCACCACCACAGCCACGCGACCCCCCAGGGCCCUGCUUUGCCUCACACUCAAGAACCCCAUAAGACGGGCCUGCAUCAGCAUCGUGGAAUGGAAACCGUUCGAGAUCAUCAUCCUGAUGACCAUUUUCGCCAACUGCGUGGCCUUAGCUGUCUACAUCCCCUUCCCCGAGGAUGACUCCAACGCCACCAACUCCAAUCUGGAGCGCGUGGAGUACCUGUUCCUCAUCAUCUUCACUGUGGAGGCGUUCCUGAAGGUGAUAGCGUACGGCCUGCUCUUCCACCCCAACGCCUACCUGAGGAACGGCUGGAAUCUGCUGGACUUCAUCAUCGUAGUCGUCGGGUUGUUCAGUGCAAUUUUGGAACAGGCCACGAAAGGCGACGGGGCGGCUCCCAUUGGAGGCAAGGCAGCGGGCUUCGAUGUCAAGGCACUGAGGGCGUUCCGAGUACUGCGACCCCUGCGACUGGUCUCUGGAGUACCCAGUUUACAGGUGGUUCUGAACUCCAUCAUCAAAGCCAUGGUUCCUCUGCUUCACAUCGCCCUGCUAGUCCUCUUCGUCAUCAUCAUCUACGCUAUCAUCGGCCUGGAGCUCUUCAUGGGCAAGAUGCACAAGACCUGUGUCCACGGGCACACAGGCACGAGAGCGGAGGAAAAACCAGCCCCCUGCGCCCCCGACGGCGCUUAUGGCCGCCACUGCAACCACAACGGUACCAAGUGUGAAAUGGGGUGGGAGGGCCCCAACGACGGCAUCACCAACUUCGACAACUUUGCCUUCGCCAUGCUGACCGUGUUCCAGUGCAUCACCAUGGAGGGCUGGACCGACGUGCUGUACUGGGUGAAUGACGCAGUAGGGUACAAGUGGCCGUGGGUGUAUUUUGUCACCUUAAUCAUCAUCGGAUCCUUCUUUGUGCUUAACUUGGUUCUCGGGGUAUUGAGCGGAGAGUUCUCCAAGGAGCGAGAGAAGGCCAAGGCUCGCGGCGACUUCCAGAAACUCAGAGAAAAACAGCAGCUGGAGGAGGAUCUCAAGGGCUACUUAGACUGGAUCACUCAGGCUGAAGACAUCGACCCAGAGAACGAAGAGGAGGGUCUGGAUGAUGACAAACCUAGAAACUUGAGCAUGCCGGCCAGCGAGAAUGAAAGCGUCAACACGGACAACGCGCCAGGGGGCGACAUGGAGGGCGAGACCUGCUGUACCCGUCUAGCAAAUAGGAUCUCCAAAUCCAAGUUCAGUCGCUACUUUCGCAGGUGGAACAGACUGUGCAGGCGCAAGUGCCGGGCGGGGGUUAAAUCACAGGUUUUCUACUGGCUGGUCAUCUUCCUGGUUUUCCUCAACACGCUCACCAUCGCCUCGGAGCAUCACCAGCAGCCUCAGUGGCUGACAGACGUGCAAGACAUCGCCAAUAAGGUGUUGCUGGCACUCUUCACCGGCGAGAUGCUGUUGAAGAUGUACAGUCUGGGUCUUCAGGCGUACUUUGUGUCGCUCUUCAACCGCUUCGACAGCUUCGUGGUGUGCGGCGGCAUCCUGGAGACUAUCCUGGUGGAAACCAAAAUCAUGUCGCCUCUCGGCAUCUCUGUGCUGCGUUGCGUGCGGUUGCUGCGAAUCUUCAAAAUAACCAGAUACUGGAACUCUCUCUCUAACCUGGUGGCCUCAUUGCUCAACUCGGUGCGCUCCAUCGCCUCUCUGCUGCUCCUGCUCUUCCUCUUCAUCAUCAUCUUCUCCCUGCUGGGCAUGCAGCUCUUUGGCGGCAAGUUCAACUUUGAGGAGACGCGCCGCAGCACCUUUGACAACUUUCCACAGUCGCUGCUCACAGUCUUCCAGAUCUUGACCGGCGAGGACUGGAACUCUGUGAUGUAUGACGGCAUCAUGGCGUACGGUGGACCGUCCUUCCCGGGCAUGCUGGUCUGCAUCUACUUCAUCAUCCUCUUCAUCUGUGGAAACUAUAUCCUACUCAAUGUCUUCUUGGCCAUCGCUGUGGACAAUUUGGCCGAUGCGGAGAGUCUUACUUCUGCCCAGAAAGAGGAAGAGGAGGAGAAGGAGAGGAAGAAGCUGGCCAGGCUGGGUACUCCAGACAAGCGCCACAACAACGAGAAGCCUCCGCUGGAGCAAGAGAAGCGUGAGAAGAUCGAGCUGAAGUCCAUCACGUCCGAUGGCGAGACCAACAUUGCUACAAAGAUCAACAUGGAUGAUUACUGUGGAGAUGAAAGUGAGGAGAAAAAUCCAUAUCCUGCUAAUGAUUACAUCGGUGAUGAUGAUGAUGAAGAACCAGAGAUGCCAGUGGGUCCCAGACCACGACCCCUCUCUGACAUCCAGCUUAAAGAGAAAGCUAUCCCCAUGCCUGAAGCUCGCGCAUUCUUCAUCUUCAGCCACACCAACAAGUUCAGGGUUCUCUGCCAUAAAAUCGUCAACCACAACAUCUUCACAAACCUCAUCCUCUUCUUCAUCCUGCUCAGCAGCAUCAGUCUGGCGGCAGAGGACCCGGUCAAAAUUGACUCCUUCAGAAACCAGAUUCUGGGCUGGGCAGACCACGUAUUCACUGGACUCUUCACCAUAGAGAUCAUUCUCAAGAUGACCGCCUAUGGAGCCUUCCUCCACAAAGGCUCCUUCUGCAGGAACUACUUUAACAUCCUAGACUUGGUGGUCGUCAGCGUGUCCCUCAUCUCCUCAGGGAUACAGUCGAGUGCCAUUAACGUAGUCAAGAUCCUGAGGGUUCUUCGAGUCCUUCGACCUCUGAGGGCCAUCAACAGAGCCAAGGGGCUGAAGCAUGUGGUCCAGUGCGUGUUCGUGGCCAUCAGGACCAUCGGCAACAUCGUCAUCGUCACCACGCUGCUCCAGUUCAUGUUCGCCUGCAUCGGCGUGCAGCUCUUCAAGGGCAAGUUUUUCACCUGCAGCGACAGCUCCAAACAGACUCAGGCAGACUGCAGGGGGUCCUAUAUAAUGUACAAGGACGGCAACGUGGCCAAACCUGAAAGAGCACUAAGACAGUGGGAGAACAGCGACUUUAACUUUGACGACGUGCUGCAAGGCAUGAUGGCCCUGUUUGCUGUGUCCACCUUUGAGGGAUGGCCAGGACUGCUCUACAAGGCCAUCGACUCUCACGCAGAGGACGUGGGCCCCAUCUACAACUACCGCGUGGUCAUCUCUAUCUUCUUCAUCAUCUACAUCAUCAUCAUCGCCUUCUUCAUGAUGAACAUCUUUGUGGGUUUUGUCAUUGUCACGUUCCAAGAGCAAGGAGAGCAGGAAUACAAGAACUGCGAGCUGGACAAGAACCAGCGUCAGUGUGUAGAGUAUGCCUUGAAGGCCCGCCCCUUACGCCGCUACAUCCCCAAGAACCCCUACCAGUACAAGGUGUGGUAUGUGGUCAACUCCACCUACUUCGAGUACCUGAUGUUCACCCUUAUCCUUCUUAACACCAUCUGUCUGGCCAUGCAGCAUCACGGCCAGACGAAGAACUUUAACGACGCCAUGAACAUCCUCAACAUGCUCUUCACGGGGCUUUUUACCGUGGAGAUGAUCCUCAAGCUAAUUGCCUUCAAGCCCAGGGGGUACUUUAGUGAUCCCUGGAAUGUGUUUGAUUUCCUCAUCGUAAUUGGAAGCAUAAUAGACGUCAUUCUCAGUGAGAUCAACCCAGCUGACUCCUCCUCGUCUUCCUCCUCUUCGUCCUCCUCCUCUUCCUCCUCUCACCCCCCUGUGGUAAGACCAAUGGGUCUGCAGAAUUCAGAGGAGAACGCCAGGAUCUCCAUCACCUUCUUCCGGCUGUUCCGUGUCAUGCGGCUGGUGAAGCUGCUGUCCCGCGGGGAGGGGAUCCGUACCCUCCUGUGGACCUUCAUCAAGUCCUUCCAAGCUCUACCUUACGUGGCUCUCCUUAUAGUGAUGCUCUUCUUCAUUUACGCCGUCAUCGGCAUGCAGAUGUUUGGCAAGAUAGCACUGCAGGACCACACGCAGAUCAACAGGAACAACAACUUCCAGACGUUCCCUCAGGCGGUGCUGCUGCUCUUUCGGUGUGCAACAGGUGAGGCGUGGCAGGAGAUCAUGCUGGCGUGCUCGCCCAACCGGCCUUGUGAGAAGGGGUCCACCAAUGAGAACAGCACAACCGUCGAGGAUUGCGGCAGCCAGUUUGCCAUCAUUUACUUUGUCAGCUUCUACAUGCUGUGUGCCUUUCUGAUCAUCAAUCUCUUCGUGGCUGUCAUCAUGGACAACUUUGACUACCUGACGCGUGAUUGGUCCAUCCUGGGGCCGCAUCACCUUGACGAGUUCAAGAGGAUCUGGGCCGAGUACGACCCGGAAGCCAAGGGGAGAAUAAAACACCUGGAUGUAGUCACCCUGCUCAGAAGAAUACAACCCCCACUCGGCUUUGGAAAGCUGUGUCCUCACCGGGUUGCGUGCAAGCGUCUAGUCUCCAUGAACAUGCCUCUGAACAGCGAUGGAACAGUCAUGUUCAACGCCACCUUGUUUGCGCUGGUCAGAACCGCCCUGAGGAUCAAGACAGAAGGUAAUCUGGAGCAGGCCAACGAAGAACUGAGGGCCAUCGUGAAGAAGAUCUGGAAGAGAACCAGCAUGAAGCUCCUGGAUCAAGUCGUGCCCCCUGCUGGCGACGACGAGGUCACGGUUGGAAAGUUCUACGCCACCUUCCUCAUUCAGGAAUAUUUCCGCAAGUUCAAGAAGAGGAAAGAACAAGGACUGGUGGCCAAGGUGCCACCCAAGACUGCCCUCUCUCUGCAGGCGGGCCUGCGGACGUUGCACGACAUCGGCCCAGAGAUCAGGAGGGCCAUCUCUGGUGACCUGACGGUGGAGGAGGAGGUAGACAAAGGUCUGAAGGAGGCCGUGUCGGCCGCUUCCGAGGACGAUAUCUUCAGGCGGUCAGGCGGCUUGUUCGGCAACCACGUCAACUACUACAACCAGAGUGAUGGGCGGGCCUCCUUCCCACAGUCGUUCACGACCCAGCGCCCGCUGCACAUCAGCCAGAAGGGCUCGCCCUGCGAAGGCGAAAGUCCGUCCCACGAGAAGCUCAUGGACUCGACCACCUUCACGCCGUCCUCAUACUCUCUGUCGGGCUCCAACGCCAACAUCAACAACGCCAACAACACGGGUGUCGGCGGCCGCUUCCCCAGCCCGUCAGUCAGCACCGUGGACGGCCACGCAGGGCAGCCGCUCACGCCUAUCCUGUUGCCGCGGUCCGCCUGGUGCUUCCCUCCAAAAAGGAGCCAUUUUUUUGACAACCUCAUUCGCUCCGACUCCAGCGACAGCCGCCUGCCAAUCAUCCGGAGAGGAGAGGGCUCGACAGAGGAGACGUACGACGAGAGCUACGCCGACGAGAGGGACUUCCACGAGGACGAACACUCGCUCUCCUCCGACAUCAGGCUGGUGUAUCGUGACGACACCUGCAAGCAGCUGACUCCCAUGGAGGAAGGCGAGGACAUGGAGGAGAGGAGAGGAGGAGGAUGGCAAUCACCCAGGAGAGUUUUCCUCUGUCCCACGUCUUUGGGGCGGAGGUCCUCCUUCCAUUUAGAGUGUCUGAGGAGACAUUCCAGAUCGGACAUCUCGCAGAAGACGGCGGUCCCGCUGCACCUCGUUCAUCACCAGGCGCUGGCGGUGGCCGGGUUGAGUCCUCUGAUCAGGAGGAGUCACUCGCCAACCCUCUUCAGUCGACUGUGCUCUACGCCACCUGCCAGUCCGACGGCAAAAGGCAGUGACGCCUCAUAUCAGCGAGUUCCUUCGCUGAGGUUAGAAGGCUCCAACUCACAUGAAAAGUUUAACACCAGCUUGCCGUCGGUCAACUGUGGACCCUGGUAUAGCGACAGUAACGGGAACAGUCGGGUGCCAAGUCCUAGCCCUGCCUCCGGCAUGCCGGUGACCAAUCAGAGAGCGCCGCGGCCGGUGUCGCUCACGGUGCCCUCGCUACUGGGAACGGACUCCAGUUCUCACGGCAGCGCUGGAAGUCUGGUGGAGGCGGUGCUAAUAUCAGAAGGUUUGGGGCAGUUUGCGCAGGACCCUUCCUUCAUCGAGGCCACUAAGGCCGAGCUGGCCGACGCCUGCGACAUGACCAUCGAGGAGAUGGAGCACGCCGCCAGCAACAUCCUCAACGGAAACACCCCCAGCGCCGCCGCCGCCUCUCAGCACAGCCCCAAUGGUAACCUCCUUCCUUUCGCCGCCGCCGCCACGCACAGGGACCAGGACGGCGGGGAGAGCGCCGCCAACAGGGGCUGCGUCCACGGACCGUCCUCUGUGGAGGAGCGGCAGGAGCUGUUGGCGAGGGGGCGGGACCAAGAGGAGGAUGAGGAGGACGAAGAGGCGGAGCUAAGGAGCUCUGCUGUGAUUGGAGGAGGGCAGCGGAGGAACAGCGGGCUGUUGGAGGACGAGGACAUGGAGUGUGUGACCAGUUUGUAGGGUGUCUGCUGGACCACUUAGACCGCCCCGUCCACUCCACCCCCCCCCCCCCCCCACACACACACACACACACACACACACACACAGUCUGCCUCUCCUCUUCGAACAAUGGCGGCCAGUACGUCUUUGUACGUUUGAAUGUUUGUAGUAAAGUAUAUCACACUAUACUCUAUAUUAUCAGAGUGUACGCUUGUGUGUGGGAGUGUGUUUGUCUGUCUUGUUUGUGUGCACAUUACUGUGUGCGUGUGCGUGUGUGCGUGUGUGUGUGUGUGUGUCUCUAAAGUGCCUCACAGUUCUAUCACGUCCUCAAAAGUGUGACGAGCAAAGGAGACGAAGGAAAAAGAAGCCGUUUUUUCGUCCUUAUUUUUUUUGUCCCCCGUUUGUCUGGCCGCCAUUGAGCCGGGGGACGGCAAGUGCGAAGACGGACGUUCGCGAGGUCAAAGGCCAACCCCUCCUCCUCACCAAUGAUGAAGAAGCGCUGUAUCGUUUUAAACAAAAAAACUCCUUCCUUGCCCUCCUCUUCCAAAGUUAAAAGGAGUGCCCCCCCCCCACCACCACCACCACCUCUCCCACCACGCUGUGGGCGGGGCAAGGCGAGAGGCGGACCUACACACAGAAGUGGCUGACAAACUUUUGAGCGACACCGUCAUGGCUUCCUUUGCUGCUUUACUUUGCCCACUUGUCCUUCUCUCCUCAUACCUCACCUGACUCCACCCCCGCCCCUUUUUGUUUUCAAACAGGACUGUCAAUCAUUUCGUCCUACCCCCACGGGAUUGGAUGCCACUCUCUACACAGGCCACGGCCACUUUACUUAACCUGGCACGCCUUUUUUGGGGGGUUUUCUACUGUGCUGUGUUAAUUUAUCCUCGAUUUGUUUGCGCAAUCGAGGUGCUGGUCUUUAUGAUUAUUUUCAUUUUAGGUGAAUUUUAAGCGGUUUUACCUGUGUGUGUGUGUGUGCGUGGGUGCGUGCGUGCGUUUGUGUACGAAUGUUCUCUAUCAGUAUGCACCUUUUACAGAUUGUAUCUAUUUAUUUAUUUAUUUUCUCAGAAGAGAGAAAUGUGUGCACGUGAGUGCUUACUUAUGUACUCUUUAAAGAAAAAAGCUGAUUUUAGUAAUUUAAGGUAGCAUUACAAGUAUGGUGUGUACGUGUGUGUGCGUGUGUUUGGGUGUGUGUGUGCGCGUGUGUGUGUGUGGUAGUAGGCCUCCUAACAGGGUUACCACGGACAGGCAUGCUUCCAAAGCUCUAUUUUCACACUUAAUCAUCUUUUUUUGUUCUUAUUUUGUUUCCAGGUUGACAGGAGUGUAUUUGGCCGUAACACACUGUUAUUAUUAUUAUUAUUAUUAUUAUUAUUGUUUUUACUGGUAAUAAUCUCCAAAUGAACUCUUAGGGCUGAUUUAAAAGAUGCUGCAAGUAUCCCGACGUGAAACAUAAUUUUGAUUUCAUAACUAGAUGUAUGAUUAUUAUUAACAUUAUUAUUAUUAUUAGAAGUAUUUUUGAUGGUUUAUGUUGUAGUAGCAAGAAGGAGCAGUCAAGAGAGCGCCUCCUGUUGGUCGCUUGUGGUACACUACAUCACACCAUAUAAAAAGAAUUAACGAUACAAUGUGCGGCUUCAGUAAGGUUGUAAUUUUUACCCCGCACCAGUAGAUGGCAGCGUUUACGAUAAAGUGUCGCUCCGAGAGGCAGAAAGGGAUAUUACACGGAAGUUGAUUUUCUCAACAACAAAACUCAGCACUUCUUUGAAGUAUUAUGACAUUAAUUCUCCGUUUUACCUGUUUUCAUGGCAGGCAAGCGAACGCACCAACAUCACACUGCCAGGAUCUUCAUAAUUAUGCAAACUAACUGUGAAUGUGAUGUGUGUGUGUGUGUCUCCAGAAGCACUGUUUUAAUUUAUUAUUGUUAUUACUAUUAGCUACAGUUCAUUUUUUGCAGCAUAUAAGUAAAUAGGUGGAAGCAUGUGCUUUUAACGCCAGGUUAGGAUUGUUUAUUUCAAUUUAAAAGACACUUUCUGUCAUUUAAAAGGAUGUACUUGAAGGCCCCGUUGAAAAAGUAAGAGUUGUGUGUUAGCGCCCCCGUGCGGACAGGAGGAUUUAGGCGCGUUUUCCCUGCAUCCCACAAGAUAUGCAAAAACAAUGCAAUAAGUGACUGUCUGCAAGGUUCAUAAGCUGGUGUAUUUUCUAGAAUAUGCCAGAGAAACCUAACAUACUUGAUAUCAGGUGAUAUAUUAAUUGUGACGAUGUGUUUAUAACUGAUUAUAGAUAAUUUUUUGUGGCUCACUUUGAUUCAUUUCUCCGUCGUGUUUGGGUUAGUCAUCAUGCAGUCAUUUUUAAAGAGAGAUGCUUUUGCAUAUCUUGCGAGAAGGACAGCAGGUGUUUUAUUGUGAAAGGGCUGCUCCAAAUUAAAGGUUAGCCAUAACAUAUAAAGGGAAGUGAAGGCUGAGUGCAUUAUUUAAAAUUUGAGAGCCAAAUAUUUUUUCAAAGCGAUUGAAAUUCUUUUUGGGGACAUAAGAGGUGUCACAUGAAUGUGUUGGCAUGAAGAGAGAUCCAUAUUUGGUCAUGUCACAUGACAGGAAACAUGUUGCGAAAGACAGAAAUGUUUAUUAUUAUGACUUUCCUGCAUAGCUUUUUCACUUCAGAGCAGGGAUGGACCCACGUUUCCUAAUUAAUCGACUGUGAGGAAAAUUAAUUCAGAAUUAAUGCAGAGGUGUCCAAAAUUGUUCUAUGGUGUUUCGUUGGUUUGUUCUCCGAUGAGGGGGCGACUUGCCCGGGGUCUAAACUACCUUUCGCCCAAGUGCACCUGGGAUAGGCCCUGACGCCGAGAGAGACAAGCAGUCGAAAAACUGCUUAAAAUAACAAAAAUAAACAUUUGUAUUUGGGUUUUUAAACACAUACAGUUGACAGGACUACUCAAAAAUACAUUAAAUACUGUUUGUUUAUAUAUAUAUAUUUAUAUAUAUAUAUAUAUACAUAUACAUACAUACAUAAUUACAUAUAUAUAUAUAUAUAAUGUUUGUUUGUAUAUCUAUAUAUAUAUAUGUGUGUGUUUGUGUGUAUAUAUAUGUAUGUAUGUAUGUACGUACAUACAUAUAUAUAUAUAUAUAUAUUUAUAUACACACACAUAUACACGUACAAAUAUAUAUUUUCUGUGGUUUAUCCAUUAUACAGUGCUCAAUACCGGGGUAGAGCGGAAUAUACGUUAGGUCAGGAAAAAACACAGAGGCUAUUUCAUCCCUACAGGCCUGUUUCGCAAAAUUCCCUGCUCUUCAGGGGAUUUUAUUGAAGUGUCUGUGGUUGUUAUAUAUAUAGGGUACAUUACAUGGGGGUGUGGCCAUUGUUACACAGUAGUAGUAGUAGUCGUCGUAGGCACUACUGUGUAACAAUGGCCGCACUCCCAUGUAAUGUAUCCUAUAUAUAUAGAGAGAGAAGCGCUAUAUAAAUAUAAUUCACUUCACAAUAGCUGUUUUAUUGCCGUUGCUAUGUAUAGUUUAAUGACACCUAUAUUAGGAAUUAUUUAAGAAAUGUUACUUAAAUAAAUGAAGGCUUGUUUGCCUGUAUGGGAUUAGUGUAGUGUCAUAUACUGUAUAUUAGAGGUAUAUUUUUCUUUACCAUCAAUCACUUUUCAUUUAGAGAUGGUCACAAUUAUUUAGUUACUUUCUGUUAAUGAUAUACAUUAUCUGAAAUAACUAAAGUAUCAAUAUUUUGAUGUAAGCAUAUAUAGUAUAAAGAAUCGAUGUCUCAGUAUCGAUCUGCACAUCACUGAGAAGCAGGUCCUAUUUAAUUCUACCAAUAAAGUCCCUCCAGAAUUUCGUUGGCUUUAUUUGCUCAUUGUUGCAUCCUAAAAUCCUUGAUUCACUGCAGCAUUUUUAAAAAAUUGCCUUGAAAGUUGCAAUCUUUCAAAACUUAUUUAUUCAAUGAGAUAAAAUCCACUUGUGAUUUUAUGAUCGUUUUCAUCAAUGUUUUAAGCAUUCCUAAUACCUCAAACAGUAUAGGAUUUGGACAAAAAUUGCAUAAACAAAAACCGUAUUUAUGUUUUACUGGUUUUAUAUCGCACAUACUUAGAAGUAAUAUCACAUACUCAGAACUCCUAGUCAAAUUACUGUACUGUUCUAAUUAAUUACAACUUAAUAAUAGUAAUAAUUAUAAUUGCAACCUCGGCUUUUUUAUUGAUGACUGUCCGCAAGUUGCAGACAUUCUUUGUGUAAGAUUUACUCUUAAAAAGUGUUUGUCCAUCUUAAACAAAUUAAGAGCAUCUGUCAACAAAAAAAAAAUGUGUUUGUUGGUAAAUGUGAGAUGACAAGAGAUUAUCAUCACACUUCAACAUCUCUAAAAUGUUAACCCUGCCUUUUUGCUAGGCCAGCAAAUGAACAUGUGUUCUUUAUUGUCUCACCCUGCAUAAAUAAAUGUUAAAUAAAAAUAUAAAACACUUAAUAUAGGAAGUAAAUGUUUAUAUGCUACAUUACCCAGAAGGCUUAGCGCUGUAGACGGGAACAGGAAGUAGGUCAGAACUAUGCGGGAGGACAACAAUUGUGUUGUUUGAUCAAUAAUUAAUUGAUAUAUACGCAGAUCACGCACUGUGUGAAAGGCCCUGUGAUCCCUGGCCCUGUUUUGCGUAAAGAAAUGCAUGUAAAAUUCUGCUAAGGGCCCCAAUUAUCCAAGUGCGGCCCUUCUUAUAAUUCUAAAGUUGUAUUAAUACUGACUAAACUCUGGCGACUGAGCUGCCACUUUUUUACCGUAAAUUCUACUGAGGUGUUUUUACAGUCGACUAUAUUUUCAUAUAAAAGAUAAAGAUUAUAUAUGCGACAACUAAAUACAUUUGAAUGUAUGUUUAAAAAUUAGUUUUUGCAGUCCCUAAUGAUAAAAUGACUUGAUAUUCUUCCAUAAUAUGACGGUAAAAAGGAAUAUUCAAAAUAUACUGCAAAGGACGCUGCAUAAAAUAUAAACUAUUAGGGUUGUGUGCAUUCAUCCCAAACUUGUUUUAUGGCAAAAAAGCAACUUUUAUUGGGCUAGGACAAAAUUGUAAUAAAAAAAAAAAAAAAAAGAUGGCAUAAAAUUAGUCUGUGGUGUGAAUAUUUUGGACACCCUUUCUUUAUAAUGAAUUAUUGUUUUUCUUAAGUAAAAUCUAACAAUAUCCCAUCUCUGCUCUGGAAGUCUGUAAAAGUGACACAUGUGAAUAAUGAGUAAUAUUUCCUCGCCAUAGGCCAUUGAUUGUAUAUUUUUCUACGUCAUAUCUGCUAUAAGAGAAUGUUGACAAAUUAGAGGCUUUGGGAAUGUUUUUACUGCUUGGCAUGAAUUUAUCCGACAGUUUUCCCACUUGAAAACAAUAUUUUCUAACCCAGAGGAUUAUCAUAUUUAUUGAAGGAGUAUUAUAAGAGGAUUUGUUGAUAUCCCAGUACUGGAAUAUGAAGGAAAUAAGUGAUCAAGGCACCAAAACAAAAACUUUUGUCGUGUUUUCUGUGCGCGUGCCAGCCAUCCUCCUACUGUAGCACCCUUCUAGAACACGUUUCAAUAUUAAUACCAGAAUUUGACCAAAAAAAAAAAAAGAAAGGACUACACGUCUCUAUGCUAGGAAACUCAUGUAGCCUCUUUUACAGUAUUUUGCAUAUUUCCCCUCAGAUACAUUUCAUCCAAGAAGGGUAGUGUACAGAUAUUUUUCAGUCCAAGCGUGGAAAGAGUGUCAUAUAUAGAAUGCUAGUUUAUAUUAUUCUAUUUUAGAUAUGAGCUGGAGAGAUGCUAAAGAUUAAAUGGAUGAAAUUCAUAGGGGUUUUUUUUUCAUGUGAAAAAUCACAGUCGAUUUUUGUUGGUUUUCAGAGUUUCCCCCUGACGAUAAGUUUCCUUUUAUAGUUGUUCACAGUGCAAGAUGUGCGGGAUUGUUUAAAAAUGAAAACUUGAUUUCCUGUCACACGGUUGCUAUGCACAUCAUCGUCAUGUAGCAACUGCAGCGUUCUUAAUUUUAUGAUGUUUUUUUCCCGUUUGUUUUAUUUUCAGGAUGAGGGAACCUCAUUUGUGGUGCAUGUGUGUGUACGGGAGUGUGUGCGCAGCUUUAAGGAGAUUUUACUUUGCAGGAAUGUUGUUGUUUUUUUCCAAACACUUUGUUUUUCAUGCUAACACGGCGGGAAGUGUGCUGUGAGGCUUUCAAAGACCAAUUACAGUACAAAUACAGUACAGUUACAGUACUUACCUUGUGUUGUAUUUACUGCCAUGACGUCGCGAGUUCAAGGCUAAGAAACUAACGCGUUUGCUUGUGUCGCUGCCCGAUCCGUUUACGCGUGCGCCAAAAGUCAGCAACUUCUGUUUCCUAUAUUUGUUUUAAACAACAAAAAAGAAAAUAAAAUAAAAACAUUUUUGGGAAUAAUUGAAAAAACAAUGAAUAUACAAACUAAAUAAUUUCCAAUACAACAAUAGGAGGUUGAACAAUUUACAUUAAUUAACUACAAUUAAAUAAAAUACCAACAUACAUACAGUUAAAGAAAAUGAAAGUAAAAAAUAGACAAACUCGGCUUAUCUAAAAGGAAAAUGUAUCCAAUAAUUAGCAAGAGUUUUCUUUUUUUUUUUUUUUUUAAAGUUCUAAGUUUUACUAAUAAGUCAUUAAUCCAAAGGGAGAAAGUGGUUUUAGCUUUGAAACAUUUUUACAAGGUUCCUAGCAACAGAUGAAUAUUAAUAACCGUUUUGAGGUUGCUGUUUUUUUUUUAUCAAUUUAAUAUCUGCUACAGUAAAUGUAGACAUCUAUUUUACUUUUUCAGGCAGUUUUUCCAAAUGUAUAACACUUUUUUUUUCUAAACAACAAUUUAAACAAGUAUGUACUAAUAACCUCAUAUAAUUGACAACCACACUGUGAAAUUAAAAGAACUUGUAGCCAUCCACAUUGUUCAAUACUCAACUUUGAAUUGGAAUUUUUUAUUUUUUUUAUAUUUCUCUAAAUAGCGCGGCGAGAAAGGUAUGUCUGCGAGUGUGUUGCAAAUACAGCGCAUGCGCAAACGGAUCGGACAGUAACGGGUCGGUGUGUAUAAACACAAGCCACACCCCCUUCAUUAUGGGAGAGAUUCUUAUUGGUCGCCUGCAUGUUUGACGCACCCGCCUCUUUUAUCCGCUUCUUCUCUUUUUCUAAGGUUUUGUUCUCCACUCAUUUCAUUUUGGACUCUAGAAAAAGGGAAAGAAUAAAUCAGAAUAUUAACUCAAUCACUUUUUUCUACUCCUAUUUUCCAAGAAAAAAUAAUGAAAAAACCCAACCUGACAAAAAACGCCAAACAAAAAUGUGUAAAUAAAGUCAAUUGUACAGUUUGUAUCUGUAAGUCGUCAGUCUGUCAUUGGUGACAGAGUCUGUCUUGCUUAUAACGCACGCUACCAGUAAAUAACAACAGAAAAAAUAUAUUUAGACUGUAUGGUCCCCUUGAAAGCAAGUUUUAAAUUAAUAUCUGAUGUAUAUUCCUGUAACAUUGCAUUUUUAUCGGAGGAAUGAUGUUGUUAAAAAAUUGCAAAUAAAUUGCAUUUCCUACA